AUGACCGCCUCUAUCGAAAAAAUCCCGACCCCGGAGGACACGUUCGAAACUGCCCCUACUCGCGAGGCCAUUGCUCAGCACGAGGGCACCGCGGUGGUCCGGCGUAUUCUGUGGAAGCUCGAUAUUCAGAUCCUGCCAUUACUCGCAUUGAUCUUUCUGUGCUCGUUUCUUGAUCGCACAAAUGUCGGAAACGCGAAAAUUAUCGGCCUUGAAGCUGACACGGGCAUUAAUGAUAAUGAAUACGACAUCGGGCUGGCCGUGUUCUACCUGUUUUACGUCUGCAGUGAAGUGCCGAGCAACCUAGUGCUCAAAAAGGCGUCUCCGAAACUAUGGCUGCCAUUCUUGACAAUUGUAUGGGGCAUCAUCACCAUGUGCUUAGGCUUUAUUCACAACUUUGGGAGUUUCGUCGCCGUUCGCGCCUUGUUGGGUAUUGCCGAAGGUGGCCUUCUGCCGGGAAUGGUUCUAUACCUAUCGUCGUUUUAUAGACGUUCUGACCUCGCCAUCCGAAUUGGUCUAUUUUAUACCGCGGCUUCACUGUCUGGCGCUUUCGGUGGCCUGUUGGCACGCGGACUCGUUGAGAUUGGACCUAGGGGAGGUCUUGAAGGAUGGAGAUGGAUCUUUAUCAUCGAGGGGCUGCUGACCGUUGUUUGUGGCCUGAUUGCUGGUUACGGCCUGCCCAACAGUAUUGGAACAGCCCGAUAUCUAUCGCCCCAAGAACGUGAAAUUGCCAACGAUAGACUCCUCCUUGACAAGCCCUCUCUAGGCGAUGGUACCAACUCUGAAAAUGAAACUCUCCUGUGGUCUGAAGUCGCCCGAGGCUUGCUCGACAUUAGCAUGUGGCUCACCGCAAUCGCAUACUUUGGUAUUCUGGCGGGCCUAUAUUCAUUUGGUCUCUUUUUGCCCACGAUUAUCCAGGGCCUGGGCAUUGUUAAAACUCCCAAUGAGGUUCAACUAUGGUCUGUCAUUCCGUAUGCAGUGGCCACUGUUUGUACAGUAUUCAUUGCCUUCGUGUCUGACCGUCUCCGCCUACGUGGUGUCAUCAUGCUUUUCAGUCUCCCCAUCGCCAUCAUCGGCUACGCUGUCAUUGGCAACGUAUCCAACCCGCACGUCCAGUACGGAAUGACCUUUCUCAUGGCCGUGGGAAUGUACGCGAGCGUGCCGUGUAUUCUCGUCUGGAAUUCAAACAACUCGGCCGGCCAUUACAAACGCGCCACGACAUCGGGCAUGCAGCUUGCCAUUGCCAACUGCGGUGGCUUCGUGUCCACUUUUAUUUAUCCGUCGAAAGACGGGCCGCAAUUUCAUCGCGGGCACUCUGUCGUUCUCGGGUUGUUGUGCUUUUCUUGGUUAUUAAUCCUGUGCAAUGUGCUUUAUUGCCGCAAAGUCAACAAGGACAAGGCCAGCGGGAAAUAUAACAAAUACGCUGGCUAUAACGACGACAGAGACCCGCAAUUCAUCUUCAUCUUAUAG